GGCAGCGUUCUUAUAUCUAUUAACGUCAUUAAUUGUCGCCAUUGAGGGAGCUGUGAUGUUUGCAUAUUUUGACCACCAGGGGUGUGAUCCAUUAGUGGCAAAUCAAGUCACAAAUCCUAAUCAGCUGAUUGCUAAAAUGGUAACUGAUAUAUUUGCGGACACACCUUGUCUUCCCGGUCUCUUCCUGGCAUCACUUUUCAGCGCGUCUCUGAGCACAAUGUCGUCCUUGCUAUGCAGCAUCUCCGCCAUAUUUUGGGAGGAUGUUGUCAAACCUCACACAAACCCGAUGUCGGACAGACGAGCAACAUUUAUCACGCAAUCUUCAGUGGUACUGUUUGGAGUAAUAAGCAUUGCUGUGGCAUUUCUGGUGUCCGGUUUGACAGGUCCGGUAUCUCAGGUGUGUAUUCGGUGACAUCUUUUCUGCUCUUAAUGUGAAGUUCAAGUGUUAAUUUGCAUACGUUUGACUUCCUUUAAACUUUGCAGGUGAUUUGCCUUAGCACGGACCUCGGUAAUUUUCUUUUCAUAUACAUGAUAACAUAAUCGAUAGAUGAUAAUACAAAUCACAAUAUUGUUUGGCUUAAUCUAGGUUUUGAAAGAAAAUAUCGCCUACCUAGAAAUACCAUCAUCACUGCGCCAGGCCGACAUCCUUACAAAGGGGUGUUUCGAUGUUGUAUUAAUUAAUAGCUCAAUAUUCCCUCAUCAUCAUAGUAACAAAUCGUCAAUGCGAUGA